AUGAAGUUCACCAACAUGGUUCUGGCCGCCAGCGCUGCUGGUAUGGCCGUUGCUUACCCCAGUGCUCGUGAGGUCGUUCCCGCCGGCCGCGAGAUCAACACCAGCAAGCGCAGCGUCGAGAAGCGCGCCAACGGCUUCACCUGGUUCGGUGUCAGCGAGUCUGGUGCUGAGUUUGGUUCCGCCAUCCCCGGCACUCUCGGCAAGGAUUACACUUGGCCCGUCGCCUCCAAGAUCCAGGUUCUCCGUGACGCUGGCAUGAACGUUUUCCGUGUCCCCUUCCUGAUGGAGCGCUUGGUGCCUGGCAGCUUGACUGGUUCCUUCGAUGCCACCUACCUGGCUGCUCUCAAGUCUACCGUCAACUCCAUCACCAAGAGCGGUGCCUACGCCGUCCUUGACCCCCACAACUAUGGCCGAUAUGGCGGCAGCGUCAUCACCUCCACCGCCGACUUCCAGGCCUGGUGGAAGAAGGUUGCUGGCGAGUUCAGCUCCAACGACAAGGUCAUCUUCGACACCAACAACGAGUACAACAACAUGGAUCAGACUCUCGUCCUGAACCUCAACCAGGCUGCCAUUGAUGGUAUCCGUGCCGCCGGUGCCACUUCCCAGUACAUCUUCGUCGAGGGUAACGCCUGGACUGGUGCCUGGUCCUGGACCGACACCAACGACAACAUGAAGAACCUGAAGGACCCUCAGGGCAAGAUCGUCUACGAGAUGCACCAGUACCUCGACGGUGACAAGUCCGGUACUUCCGAGUCCUGUGUCAGCGCCACCAUCGGUAGCGAGCGUCUCAAGUCCGCCACCGCCUGGCUCAAGGCCAACAACAAGAAGGGUUUCAUUGGCGAGUUCGCCGGUGGUGCCAACUCCGUCUGCGAGUCCGCCGUCGAAGACAUGCUCUCCUACAUGCAGGACAACUCCGAUGUCUGGACCGGUGCGUCCUGGUGGUCUGCCGGUCCCUGGUGGGGAUCCUACAUGUACUCCCUGGAGCCCACCGACGGCCCUGCCUAUGCCGCCUACCUCCCCAUCCUGAAGAAGUACUUCCCUAACGGCUCUGCUGCUGCCCCCGUUGGCAACUCCGGCUCUUCUCCUUCCACCACCACCAAGCCCGCCCCCGCUCAGCAGCCUGCCACCACCAAGGCCCCCGUCCAGAUCACCACCACUGCCCAGCCCGUCAGCAAGCCCAUCUCCACCGAGCCCGCCCAGGCUCCUGCCCCGGUUGCUACUUCCACCUUCACCACCAAGGCUGCCGGAACCACCAAGUCCGCCUGCACUGCCAAGCCCGUCGCCACUCAGCCCGCCUCGCCCUCCACCGGCGGUACCGUCGGUCGCUGGUCCCAGUGCGGUGGUAUGAACUGGACCGGUGCCACCGCUUGCGAGAGCCCCUACAAGUGCGUGGAGCAGAACCCCUACUACUCCCAGUGCCUGUAA